GUAGCAAGAUCUGAAGGAAGCUGGGAUUACGAUGUCGCGUUUUAAACUUGGCGAUCAACCCGAUCCGUGGUCUCUCAUUGCUCUGUUUAAUCCCAAAGCUAUCUUUAACCACAAAACAUUGGCAUUGAGGCUUGAUACUCCCUCAUCCCAAACAAUCCAGAGGACGUAGACGUUUGACUGAUGCUCUGACUUGUGCUAUCCUUGGCUGCGCUUCCGAAAUUAUGGAGAUAGAGACGAAAGGCUUCGUCAAUGGGCAAUUUCAGACUUCUCUGCUGUAGGGACAUGCCGUGGAGUAUAUAAGGCUUCGCCAUCUCCUCUCUCAGAUAGUAAUUUGGUAUCACUAUCUGAUCUUCUCAUCAAUAUUCUAUCCUUGACUCUUCGGCCGACCCGUUUUUCCUUUUGCUUCUUCUUCCUUCAACAUUUUGUUUCUGCAACUCUUCUUCCUCGACUUCGAACUCGCCAGAAUGCAGCUCUGCAGGCUUUUCGUCUCCUUACUCCUCUCCACAGCUGUCGUUGCCGGGGGUGGUAACAAGACCAAGGCCAUCACCGACAAGAGCAUCUGCAAAGACAUGGCGCAAAUGACGAGGCUCGUAUCAUUGGCUUCAAAUGAGACCAAGCUGGCGGAGAAAACCAAUAAUAAUGCCACAGAAAUAGCUUCAAUCAAAGCUAAAGCUUCUGAAGCCGCCACUAUGCUUUCCACUAUGGAGUCAAACGCCACUCUUGUGUCUACCUGCGCUGUUAUCUCAGCUGCUGAGGCAACCAAGGAUGAAUGCAAGACCAUGUCUAAGCUGCAAAAACUCAUCACAACCGCCGGUAACGAAACAAAGCUUGUAGAGAAGACUAAGAACAAUGCCACGAAAAUUGCUUCAUUUAAAGAGAAGGCCACUGCUGCCCAGACUGAGCUUGACACAAUGAUGUCUAACACUACAUUGAUGGAUGCCUGCACUGCUAUCACUUCCGCGAAGGAGGCAUCAAAGGCUGGUGAUUCUCAAAAGGCUGCUGCCUCUGCAUCAUCUUCGUCUGCCGCUGCUACAUCGACUUCCAAGUCUACAAGCGGUGCAAGCUUCUUGAAUGCUGGAAAUGGACUCUUGUCGACCAUCGUCUUAGUUGCUGUGGGUGUUGCGAUGUUGUAA